AAGAGGACCACCCGUAGCGGGGCUUCGGGGACCCCCUUGUCCCCCACCCGUAUCACUCGUUUGCAGGAGAAGGAGGAUCUGCAGGAGCUCAAUGACCGCUUGGCCGUCUACAUCGACAAGGUGCGCUCCUUGGAGCUGGAGAACGCUGGCUUGGGCUUGAGGCUCCGCAUCACCGAAUCGGAGGAGGUGGUGAGCCGGGAGGUCUCCGGCAUCAAAGCUGCCUACGAGUCGGAGCUGGCGGAUGCCAGGAAGACCUUGGAUUCGGUGGCCAAGGAGAGAGCUCGGCUGCAGCUGGAGCUCAGCAAAGUCCGGGAGGAGCACAAGGAGCUGAAAGCCCG